CCAUACGAUGGUAGCGAAAGUGCGAUAAGGGGAGAAUACCUGUGCUGAACCGUGGAUGGAAUGUAGCAGCAUAAUGUACCAAGAAGGUGUUUGAUGCAGUUUCGUUUGCGAUACAUACACAACAAAAGGCAUCGUAUGUGGGUAGACAUAGAAUCAGCACUGGAUGUAGCUCAAGAUGAAGCAAUUUCUUCGUCUCCAAAACUUUGCUAUGGCGUGCCAGAUUAUGCGAACUGUGGACGUUCCAGCUUUGCAAACUUCGUCCUCGGCUUGUUAAUAGUGCUGUGCAUCGCACGAAGGCCAUGGCGGGUUGGACAUCUGGCGUCUCUGAUAGAACGCAAUCCGCGCCCUCCUGGUUUAAGGGUCAUCGUGGUGCCAGGUCAUCACGGCGGAUUGGGAGACGGCAGUUGGCAGACAGUGAGAGUGGGACAGUACUCUGGUCUGGCAACGCGACCCUUGCAACUGGUCAUAGUGUUAUUGACUAUGACUGUCGUGCGCGUUACUGGCGUGUUGAGCGUAGGGUUAAGGCGCGCCUGCUAAGGCCGAGGUCAACUCCGCUU